UAUCUGAAUACUUUCAGGACAGAAAAUAUCGUUUUUACAACUGGAAGUCCAAAUUUCGUCCAAAAGAAAACAAACAUUGUCUUUCUAAAGACACACAAAACAGCUGGCUCCAGCAUACAGAAUAUGUUAAUGAGAUUCGCUGAUCGACAUGAUCUACUCUUAGCCUUGCCAGCAGAAGGAAACUUCUUCGGUCACCCUCCGCCUUUUCACCACAGUAUGAUCUCUGACCCUCCUGAUAAACGUCAUUACAACAUAUUCACACACCACACACGGUUUAAUUAUGAUGAGCUCAGACGAGUGAUGCCAGAAGACUCCAUUUUCAUUACAGUUCUCAGGGAUCCAGUUGAUCUGUUUGAAUCUUUGUAUUCCUAUUGUAAACUAGAAGUUUUAUAUCGCAGACCUUUGUUUUCAUUUGGCAUUAACAUGUCAGAUGAAGAAAUAGAGGUGAGAAUGAAAAGUCUUGCGGAGGUCGGGAUAAAUCAAAUGUCGUUCGAUUUAGGAAUGAAUCCUAAAGAUUUCAAAAAUCCAGUCAAAGUCCAAAGAUAUGCCCACAUAUUGGAUACACAAUUUGAUUUGGUACUAAUAACCGAACAUCUCGACGAGUCUUUGGUUAUUUUAAAGAAUAUAUUAAGUUGGGAAACUGACGACGUAGUGUUUUUUAAACUUAAUGCUAGACACGAAACAUUUGUUAAGCAUUUACCCUCAGAUGUUCGUAAGCGUUUACAAAGUAUAAAUUUCAGUGACCAAGUCAUCUACGACUUCUUUAAAGAGAAGUUAGCUGAAAAAAUUCGCAAGUUUGGUGAGAAGAGACUUGCUCUUGAAGUACAGGAACUCCGGAGAAGAAGAGAAGAAUGGGCGAAGUUCUGCGUGAAAGAAACACAGUUACUUAUUGAAUCCGAGGAUGCUAAAAAAACUUCAUAUUUAAACUCACAAGUAACGAAAUUGAAGCCGAGACAAGACAAUGAUACAUGUAGGAAGAUGACAGCUUUAGAAUUGGAUUAUACAGAAGAACUUCGACAAAAACAGAAUCUUCUUUAUCUUAAACAUCGUGUAGGAUGAUCAAAAUGUUCUGUAUCUUAAACAUCGUGUAGGAUAAUAAAAUUGUUCUGUAUCUUAAACAUCGUGUAGGAUAAUAAAAAUGUUCUGUAUCUUAAACAUCGUGUAGGAUAAUAAAAUUGUUCUGUAUCUUAAACAUCGUGUAGGAUAAUAAAAAUGUUCUGUAUCUUAAACAUCGUGUAGGAUAAUAAGAAUGUUCUAUAUCUUAAACAUCGUGUAAGAUAAUAAAAAUGUUCUGUAUCUUAAACAUCGUGCAAGAUAAUAAAAAUGUUCUAUAUCUUAAACAUCGUGUAAGAUAAUAAAAAUGUUCUAUAUCUUAAACAUCGUGUAAGAUAAUAAAAAUGUUCUAUAUCUUAAACAUCGUGUAGAUAAUCAAAGUGUUCUGUAUUUUAAACAUCGUGUAAGAUAAUAAAAAUGUUCUAUAUCUUAAACAUCGUGUAGGAUAAUAAAAAUGUUCUGUAUCUUAAACAUCGUGUAGGAUAAUAAGAAUGUUCUAUAUCUUAAACAUCGUGUAGGAUAAUAAAAAUGUUCUGUAUCUUAAACAUCGUGU